AUGGCCACUCAAUGUGCUGCAUCGGCCAAAUUGGCCUUGCCAUCGCUUCUUCGCAGUGUCUUUCGCUCGGAGUUCAGCCGCGACCUACGCCCUACUUGCCUCCGUGCUUCUCGUCCCUUAUUACAGCUUCAACACCGAACGUUCAGUUCGACUCCCAGGGCCUUUCAGAUCCAGAUCAAUCAGUCGCCUGAUCUAAUCCCGACGUCGGCCCCUCACCAGACAUCUCAAUCUAUUACCACUUCAUCCCCCUCAGCUACACCCGCAACCGAAGAAACCACGGCGCCCAAGUCGCUCCGUAAACAUGCAUCCGACAGGACCAAGAAGCGAGCAAAGAAAGAGAGACUCACCCGAGAUGACUCCAAAACUCAGAACAAUGAUCGAAAAAAAUUCAGCAAGGACCAGAAGCUUGACAAUGCGAAGAAGGCCCCCUUCAAACGAGAGAAACCCGACCCCUGGCGAACUCAAAAGGAUGCUUUGGACAAGAAAUUCCCCAACGGGUGGAAUCCACCAAAGAAACUCUCACCCGAUGCGCUGGAAGGUAUUCGCCAUUUACACGCGACCGCCCCGGACCGUUUCACGACCUCCGUCCUCGCGGAAGAAUUCAAGGUCUCUCCAGAGGCUAUUCGCCGCAUCUUGAAGAGUCGAUGGAGGCCCUCGGAAACCGAGGCCGAGGAUCGUCGCAAGAGAUGGGAGAAGCGACAUGAGCGGAUUUGGAGUCGCAUGGCUGAGUUGGGUCUUCGGCCCUCGACCAAGGCUUCUCGGCCGUAUUCUGAUGCUAAUACGUUGUACAAGCCUGGCGAGAGGGAGUUCUAG